AUGGAAACGACAUUAGAGGAGGGUGUCGUCAAGAGACCCCUCGGAAGCGACAGCUCACAGCCUGAGAAACACGAAGAGACACUUGGAAGCGUCAAGAGCCUCCAAGAUGGCGCCCAAGGGCCAGAAAGAAACGAGGAAACCCAUCGCGGUUUCAAGCCUCGCCACUCGCAAAUGAUCGCCAUCGGCGGCGCUAUCGGCACCUCACUUUUCCUACGCACAGGUCAGGUCUUACGCGUUGGUAGUCCAGGAUUUCUCCUGGUUUCAUACGGCAUUCUCUCCAUCUUGGUUUACGGUAUUGUGACCGGAAUCGCAGAGGUCGCAACCUAUCUGCCUGUGCCUGGAGGAACCAUUAGUUACUAUGGGAACAAGUACGUCUCCCGUAGCCUCGGCUUUCCGAUGGGGUAUCUCUACUGGUACUCGCUCGGAAUCUUGGUACCCUAUGAGCUUGUUGCCUCGACGCUCUUAAUCGACUUCUGGAAUUCUCCUGUCAACCCAGCUAUCUGGAUUACCGUCAUCCUCAUCAUCAUUAUGACCCUCAACUUUCUUCCGGUGCGCUUCUUCGGGGAAGCUGAGUUUUGGAGUGCCGGGAUGAAGAUCCUCCUGAUCCUUGGUCUCGUUUUCCUAUCGAUCGUCCUGUUCUUUGGUGGAGGCCCAAAUCAUGAUAGACUGGGGUUCAGGUACUGGAAAACCCCUGGUCCAGUAAACACCUACCUGGAGGGAGGCGACAUUGGUCGUUUUGUUGCCUUGCUCCAGUCCUUCGUUCUGACUUCGUUUGCCUUCAUCCUAGCCCCGGAGCAACUCAUCGUCACAGCUGGUGAGAUGCAGUUACCAAGACAGAACUUGCCUCGAGCUGCAAGACGCUAUUUCUGGCGGCUGAUUAUCCUUUUCAUGCCGACUGUCAUAGGCAUUAGAGUUGUAUGUCCCUCUAACGACCCAAGGCUGAGCGCUUCCGGGACCGCAAGUUCUCCUUUCGUCAUUGCCAUUCGCAACGCUGGUACUCCUGUAUUGGAUAGCAUUGUCAAUGCGUUGAUCCUUCUUUCGGCGUGUACGGCGGGCAACGCGUUCUUGUACUCUGCAUCCAGGAACCUCUACUCUCUGGGAAUUGCCGGAAAUGCCCCGGCUAUAUUCAAGAGAUGCAACAACUACGGUCUGCCCUAUUUCGCCGUAGCAGCCAGCGCGAGUUUCAGCCCCCUCGCAUACCUCAGUCUCUCGAGCACUAGCCUCAUUGUCUUCAACUGGCUCAUUAACAUCACCAACUCCGCUGGCUUCAUUAGCUGGAUUUGCUGUGGGGCGAUAUACUUCAGGUAUCAGAAGGCAAUUGAGUUUCACGGAGUUGAAUCUCCCUAG